AUGGUGUUAGGUCAAUAUUUUCUUUCAUUCGUUAUUCUCAUUUUGGGUGCAACAACUGCAGCACCAAUUUCCCUAACAUACUCGUAUUCAAGUACAAAAUCUUCAAGUAGCUAUUUCAAUGCAUACUCAGCAUUUGAUCUGCUGUUUAACUCAACCUGGAGUAUAUUUUGGAAUUACCAGGAGGGCUCUUGGUCUGACAGUGGUUGUUCCUACACUUCCCCUGUCUUGUGGGACCUGGCCGUCGCUGGCGGUGCUGCACUUUUCACAAAUAAUCCAUACUAUGUGGGAUAUAUUACGACUCAAUUGUCUAAAUAUAAAAAUUCAGCAACUGGUGGAUAUUCAUCAACAACAGCCGCUAAUACUGAUAUCUACACGGAUGAUAAUGCUCAGACUGUGUGGGUUUUUCUUGACGCUUAUAAGCUAUCCGGCAAUGAUGACUACCUCAAUGCUGCCAUAGGUAUCAUGGAAUUUAUUCAGGGUCAAUGGUACUCUGAAGGUGGGAUCAGAUGGAGUUACAACGGUGAAUAUUUAGCUUCAAUUUCUCAGACUGAAGGUGCAUUAGCUGCAGUCAGGCUUUAUGAAGCAACUGGUGACGAACAAUGGUUGAGUUUCAGUAAACAAGUGAUCAACUGGGCUAUAGACAAUUUGCAAGAUCCUUCGGAUCACUUAUUUUAUGAUGGUUUACAAAUCAAUACUGGUAGCAUCAAUAAGGGAAAAUUGUCAUACACCGUGGGAACUGCAAUCUCGACAUUCUCUUAUCUAUACAAUAUUGAAAAGGAUGAAAAUUGGCUAGAACAAGCUGAACUUUUAAUUCAAGCAUCUGCUAGCGGUUCCGGAGCACUUUAUGGUUCAAAUGGUUAUUGGAACAACCAAUUAAAAUACUCAUAUUUAUUAUUCCAGGGACUUGCAGAUUUCUAUAACUUGGUCGGAAUCAAUUCAGCGAAGGGGUGGCAAUUACUGCAAAAUAUAUCGCUGGAGAUCAACAGACAAGCUCAGUAUGUGUUCGACUAUUAUCAAGAUGGAACCACUGGGAACUAUUAUGACGAUAUAAGCCUGGCACCUCCAAGUGUUUCUUCAAAGUAUAAAGAGGCUUUCACCACUUCAUCGUCUUCUUCUUCUUCUAGUUCCUCUCCUGGAACUUGUAAUGGGAAUUAUGUUCCUUCUUUAUUGACCAAUUCUGCAGCUGCCAGAAUUUUCUAUGAAGCAUGGAGGGUGUGA